AUGGAGAAGAGAAACACAACAUUAGACUUCAUUUUGCUAGGACUUUUUAAAUACACGAGAACCCACCUCUUUCUCUUCCUGAUGGUGUUAACAAUGACCAUCACUUCCUUGACUGGAAACACACUCAUGCUUCUCCUGAUUCACAGGGAUCCCCGUCUCCACACACCUAUGUACUUCCUUCUGAGUCAGCUCUCCUUUAUGGACCUGAUGCUUGUUUCCACCAUUGUGCCCAAAAUGGCUGCUGACUAUGUCACUGGCAAGAAAGCCAUCUCGCCUGCAGGCUGUGGACUGCAAAUCUUUGUCUCACUCACCCUAGGUGGUGGAGAGAGUUUCCUUUUAGCAGCCAUGUCCUAUGAUCGCUACGUGGCUGUUUGCCACCCGCUGAGAUAUCCCAUCCUCAUGAACUGGCGAUUAUGUUUGCAAAUGACAUUGGGAUCAUGGCUCCUGGGGGCAGCAGAUGGACUCAUGCAGGCCGCUGCUACACUAAGCUUCCCAUACUGCAGUGCUCGUGAGAUUGAUCAUUUCUUCUGUGAAGCCCCCAUGCUGGUACGUUUAGCUUGUGCUGACACAUCAGUCUUUGAAAAGGUCAUGUACAUCUGCUGUGUGUUAAUGCUCCUGAUUCCAUUUUCUCUCAUCCUGACAUCCUAUGGUCUCAUCCUCGCUGCUGUUCUCCAGAUGAAUUCCACAGAUGCACGUAAAAAGGCCUUUGCCACCUGCUCCUCGCAUUUGGCGGUGGUGGGACUCUUUUAUGGAGCUACUAUUUUUAUCUACAUGAGACCCAAAUCCUACCGCUCAGCGAACCACGACAAGAUUGUGUCCGCAUUUUAUACCAUCUUUACCCCUGUGCUGAACCCCCUCAUCUAUAGUCUGAGGAACAGUGAAGUCAAAGGAGCCUUUGAAAGGUGGCUGAGGAAAUGUACAAACUUAAAACACCAGUAA